CUGAGGCGACCACGGCACCUACAGCCCCCACCAGCUGCCCAGGAAGACUCCGUGACUCUGUUGUGAGCCAUGCUCGGGAGGCAGAUUGUCUGGUGGCACCUGCUGGCUUUGCUUUCCCUCCCAUUUUGCCUGUGUCAAGAUGAAUACAUGGAGGUGAGCGGAAGAGCUAAUAAGGCGGUGGCCAGGAUAGUGCAGAGCCACCAGCAGACUGGCCGUAGCGGCUCCAGGAGGGACAAAGUGAGAGAGCGGAGCCAUCCUAAAACUGGGACUGUGGAUAAUAACACUUCUACAGACCUAAAACCCCUGAGACCAGAUGAGCUUCCGCACCCUGAGGUAGAGGACCUAGCCCAGAUCAACCCAUUCUGGGGCCAGUCUCCACAAACCGGAGGACUGCCCCCAGACUGCAGCAAGUGUUGUCAUGGAGAUUAUGGAUUCCGUGGUUACCAAGGCCCCCCUGGGCCUCCAGGCCCUCCUGGCAUUCCAGGAAACCAUGGAAACAAUGGAAAUAAUGGAGCCACUGGCCACGAAGGGGCUAAAGGCGAGAAAGGAGACAAAGGAGACCUGGGGCCUCGGGGGGAACGGGGGCAGCAUGGCCCCAAAGGAGAGAAGGGCUACCCAGGAGUGCCACCAGAACUGCAGAUCGCAUUCAUGGCUUCUCUAGCAACUCACUUCAGCAAUCAGAACAGUGGCAUCAUCUUCAGCAGUGUUGAGACCAACAUCGGAAACUUCUUUGAUGUUAUGACUGGUAGAUUUGGGGCUCCUGUAUCAGGUGUGUAUUUCUUCACCUUCAGCAUGAUGAAGCACGAGGACGUGGAGGAAGUGUACGUGUACCUUAUGCACAAUGGCAAUACUGUCUUCAGCAUGUACAGCUAUGAAACAAAGGGGAAGUCAGACACAUCCAGCAACCACGCAGUGCUCAAACUGGCCAAAGGGGAUGAAGUCUGGCUGAGAAUGGGCAACGGUGCCCUCCAUGGGGACCACCAGCGCUUCUCUACCUUUGCAGGCUUCCUGCUCUUUGAGACCAAGUGACGGGAAGGAUAGGGUAGCUCCACUUUGGGGGAGACGUGCAGCUGAGCUUGGAGUGUUAUGAGUGCAAAGGAGUUUAAUUGGGGGAUCUAUAUGGAAUAUUUAACCGUUGUAUUGGUCACAUUGCUACUUGUUCUACUGGUAUACCAAUAAUGUUGGAUGCUUCAGAGACUCAGAAGAAUAGACCACAAGGUAACCUUCCCAGAUGAUCUUGGGAGACACUCAGCAUCUUUAUCACUCUUCCCCACACGUCUGAAGGAAUUGUCACCUGAUGCAGGUUGGGAAUAAGUGUUCCCCUCAAAGAAAGCAUCUGCAAAGAGUUUUGGUGCUCUGUUUAAAUGUAGUAUCAGCUUUGGAGCCAACCAAGUUCUAGUUCACUGUUCUUCACAUUCCAGAGAACAGCCUGAUUACAGCAGGGCUACGGCGAGAAUUAGAGCCUAUCUUACCAGAGCCUAUCUGGAGAAAUUCUUGCAAAGUCUACACUGCGAAAUAGCAUUUGGUUUUAUGGAUUUGUGUUCUUACGCUCAUGAAUAAAUUAUAUGAAAGCUUUAGUUAUUUCAGAUAACUUUUAAAUAGUAAAAUUAUUUCCAAUGUCUACAAAUAAUUGGCUCCUUGUUAAGAACAUAAACAAACAUGCAAAUUAAUAUUGAGUUAUAAUGGUUUAGAUUUCCAGAUAUAAAAUUUUCUUAUAAUCCAGAAGUGAGCUUAUCACAUCUGGCUAGCCAGAUCUCCUCUUUGCUAUGGCAUUACUUGGACCACAGUAGAGCUCUCUGGACUCUGUACAACCAGCUGAGGUAAGAUUAAGCUGAUAUAGUGCAGAUCUUAUCACAUUUUUUAAAUUUGAGAAUUAUCCCAAAAUAUUUAUAUUUUAUGUAUGCCAUGUUAUGUUGAAGGACUUAUUAACUUAAUUAUAUACAGGCAGACUAAUGGAUGCAAAAUAUAAGUGUAUUCCAUUUAAGAGACACAAAAUAACACAUCUUAAAUGUUUGCAAUAAAAGUAAUAUUUUCUUUAUUAUCAUACUUGACUAACGUUCACAAAGCAGUAAUAUGUUACAGAUGGUGCUUGUUGGCUUUUGACUAACUUUCACCACCCCAGAAUCUAUCAGAAAAGGGUUAAAUUUGUCAUCAAAACACCUUCGUAGAAUGUGCCAUAAGUUGGAACUCACACAUAGUACCAUAUAUACAUAAAUAUACAUACAUACGUGUGUGUUUGUGUGUGUGUAUUGUUGAGGCCUUGCACAUGCUAGGCAUGUGCUCUUCUACUGAGGUACAUCUUCAGUACCCAAGUUUGUUUCCUUGAAGCAUAGCACUUCAAAGUGUUUA